CAUGGCGGCAACUUGACAACGGCAGCGAGCUGAGGAUGGUGAGGGCUUGAAAAAGAAAAGAGGUCUGUCACAGGCUGUAGGCCCAUCCGCCGACACAGAGACAUACAGCUUCGCCAUGUUGGAAGAGGAUAGCGCCUUUGUCCCUGCACGACCGAGGCCGGGGGAAACGUAAACGCGUCGGCAAGUGUUUCUAAAAACGGAGUCGAGGCUACGCAGAGGAGCGGAGCGGCGCGGCGCGGCGAAGAGCUCAGGGCGGACGGGAGGACAGCGGCUUCACCGGUCAGCCAUGGAGGAUGCGGCCCGUGGUCGCCAGCGAUUGAUUUCCCAACCGACCCACGCUCCUUUUAAUGGGAAUUACCGCUGAUAGCAAAGGCAAGCCGGGACAACCCACCGCCCGACACUUGAGGGGAGGAAAACGCGAAGCGGACCCGACGUCAAUGACUGUUGCGGCAGUGGAGCCCCCACGGUGGAGUCGGCCGGUUCCCAAAAUAUGACCAGGGGUGCUGGGACGUGUUGGCAGCAAGAAGAUGACGACGGCUUCCAAAUCUGGUUAGAGCCCCCCCGAGACAACCAAAAGCCAUUCACCGACUCAGAGAGGGCACAGAGAUGGCGACUGUCCUUGGCAUCUCUCUUGUUCUUAACCAUCCUCCUCUCUGAUCACCUGUGGUUCUGCGCCGAGGCCACACUGGCCCGGACCCGGGACAAGUUCGCAUCCCCCCACCCUUUGUCACCUCAGACAUACUCAGCACACAGCAGCCUCAGAGGAAACCCAGAUGAUAUUUUUAUAGGAAACUCUACCAAACAUUUGUGGCGGCUCGAAACUUGCCACCAGGAUAGUUUAUCUAACGACUGCUUUACUUUCUUGGAUGCCGACGAGUUGUGCAGGGGCCUUUCCGACAAAGAGGGGACGCGGGCUGUAAAUAUGAGCAAUUUGUACCUUUCCUUUUGUAACUCCUACUCUCUGCUGGAUUUGUUUUACGGCUCGACGAGUCCGGACAAUUUGAACUGCAGCCUCGACGUGCUCGGCGACGGCGACGCGAACCGCUGCAGCCUGUGCGUCCAGGCGUACCAGCGCUACGACCAGCACGCCCAGGAGAAAUACGAGGACUUUGAGCUCCUCACUCAGAAAUAUGAGCCGGGGACAUAUUCGGUGAGGACGUGUAUGGAGCAGUGCAAGGCUGCCUAUAAGCCCUGGCUGUGUGCUCAGUAUUUCCCCACCACCCAGCAGUCCUGCCAGAAGAAGGUGCCGUGUCACCAGUACUGCCUGGAGGUCCAGCAGAGCUGUCCGUUCAUCCUGCCCGAUAACGACGACCUAAUCCACGGCGGCAGCCCCAGCUUCAUCUGCACAGGGCUCCUGGGGGAUCAUCCAUCAGACGGCGAGGCGGAGUGCUGCGACGUCCGAUGGGACUCCAAAAUGGACAGUCCUUCAGGCGGCACGCUAAGAAGAACUGCUUCUUCCUGCCAGCCCGUGGGGGCUUCGGUCACCUCCGCCGCCACCCCGAGACUGUGCAGCGGGCGACUGAAGAUCUGCCUGCUGGCCCUUGUCCUCCUACACACUGUCAUUAUCAUUUCAGCCUCCCAUAAUUCUUCGUUGGUGGGCGUGGCUGCCAUUUUCUCGCCAGAGGAAAGUGCUUCUAAUGAGGAGUGAACCUUGGGGUUGAAUCAAGGCUGGAGCUUGCAAAGAGCAACGUUGCCGGGGGGGGGAGGAAGUUGAAGGCUUUUACAGUGUCAUGGCUGCCAGGGACAGCUGGCGAGAUGUGCUGGAAAUGCCUCCGCAAUCCUGCUGCCGAUGAACCACCGACCACAGGAAGUGGGAGGGUUUUAAUUGGAGCCGAGGGUGCUGGGAUUGGACAUCAACUGAAGAGAGAUGUUUGAGAACCACCACCCCUAAAAGAAUUGACCUCUUGCCACUUGAAACCUGCUCAUUGUUUCUAUUCCAUCCAAAUGUUUUCUAGCAUAUCGUCCCUCCUCUCCUCCUCCCCCUCUCUCCACCCUCCUCCCUCUGUUUUCGAUGUGUGUGUACGGAUAGCAUGAACGUCGAUGAGUCGUGCGCUCUCAUUCGUUACUUUUAGAAUUUUGCUGCACUUUCUUUCAGGUGCCAGAAUGUUUUGACAUAUCAACUGUUUCCCGCUUCCUACUCGCCAUCACCUUAGAGGGAUCUUUACUACCUUGUAUGUGAUGUUGCUCAAGGGCCUGCCAGGACCAGCUCAUCCAUCACUCGUGGGUCUUGUUUUCCAGAAAACAAAAAUGUAUGUGAUUCUUCUGUAUUCUAAUGUUCCGCUUGUGUUUCUGUCAGACCGGACCUUUUCUCAGCCCCUUAUGACAGUACAUGCCUACAUAUUUUAGGACCUUAAGUGCUCUGAGACUGGCUCACUUUCUCCUCUGACUUGUUGGGUCCUUAAGCAAGUUAGGAGAGAUGAAGUGGUAAAACGGUAGUGACAGUUCGGCUCCCGAUCGCAUGCUGUUGCAGGAACAGGAUGCUCAGAUUAGUCACCGUGUAGCACUCCUGGACGGGAAGUGGUGUUCUCUGGUUUCUAAAGUGUUCAGUUUACCUCAUACAGUGGUAUUGGUGUUGCAGACUGGCAGCCCAGUGGCUUGUCUUAAUUCCUCAGCAAGUAUUUGGACUUGCAGGGACACUAGAGGACAGUCGCAUGAAGCCAAAACACCAGGGGCCUCAUUUAUCAACCACACAUAAGCUAUUUCCUGCACACAGCAUCAAAUUAUCAAUUACACUUGACUUUGCAUACAAACAAAACAAAACCUUGGUGAUCACCUCUUCCACAAUCCUCUCCAGGGUCAUGUAAUGUUAUUUUCCUUCAAGUGGAAAUACUUUAUUAAGCUUAGCUUAUGGUCACUGCAUUGAUUGUUGCGCAUCGUCAGCUGUGACAUCACCACAGCCCUGUAACCAUUUAUACUGGCGCUGGAGGCAUGCCAGAAUCACUGUGGUCUUCUCCUGAACAAUAGAUGCCGCCCCUUAAAAGAAAAACUCAUCAUAUUAGCAGCAGGAGUAAAAGAGGAAUCGAAAGGAUUGCAGUUCUCUCUUUUUUUUAAAUUUUUCCCAGAAAGUCUCAUCUCUUUCAGCCGUAGCAGCAUCUCCCUUUUUGGAAUCUGAGAAUCUCGGAGCGGCUCUGCUGAUUUCUCAGUGAAACAGCUGUAAAAAGCGACCCACUCAUACACGCCAUGCACAGCAGGUUACAAAAAUCAAGAGAUGCACGACAAUCCGAAACGAAACACCAAAGUGCAGCGUACGCCGGCAGGUUUGAUGUCACUUUUACUGCGCGCGGUUGUUUUUGAGGGCAAUGGCAGAAAAACAAAAAUGGGCUCCGGGUCUCGGCCGCUGGGGGAAGAAAAGAUAUUCUAACAGGAAUCCAGAAAAAUCUUUUUCUCCAGAGCGUAGGAUUUGGGUUACUUGUCAUCAACCUGUGGCCCAAAAAUUUCAUUGUUUUAUCGCAAUAUUAGCUGAACAUUUAUUUAUUUAUUUAAAAAAAAAAGGUAGAAAUAAUGAUGUCAGAUGUCGUUCACUUCAUCAGACGGCUGCAGCUCCUAAUCAGUAAACCUGACCUGAAAUUAUGGAGAAUUUUAGAAAGUGGAAGUGUUAUAUUUAACUGCUAAAAGCAUUUAAACAGCAUAUUGCACUAUUAAUCAAGAGUAUCCUGAUAUUAAUCAACUCAGCACAUAAGAAAAAUUUCCACUUUCCGAGUUUCAAGUAAGAACCAAAUUUUUCUUGUUUUCCAACAGCAGAUGAAUCCUCGAAUGUUGUCUAGUAACUAAAAUGAAAACAUGUUUGCACAUUUAGCUUCUUAAAAAUGCUACGGAAAAUGCUAACGUGCCCGACCAGUCAGCAGCUCCCCCCCCCGUGCCGUUCAUCCCUCAAAAUGUCAUUUUUAAUUUUGAUAAAUGAGGCCCCCCAGAUCUUUGAGUGCCUCUGUUGUAUAAAUCCAGGGAGGCAACGGUGCAAUAUAGGGGAGAAAAAAACAAACAGCUGGGGUUAGUGUCCUACUUUGUGACAUCUUCACUACUGAUGGCUCAGAGUUGGUGCAUGCGACUAUCCAGCCACCCGAUCUAUCAAACCGUUGACUCUUACAUCACCCUUAGACAAGCUGAUCAACUGCUAUCUUUCACAGACUAGCAAAGGGCUGUGUUACUGUCAGCGUGUGAGGAGUGUGAGGAGUUUCCAAGGGCUGAUCCACGUGAUUUUUUUUUUUUCCUGUGUUCUUUUUUCUUUCUUUUUGUUUUUUUUUUUUUGCAUGGCUGCUGCUAAUGAAGUGCACAUUUACACGAGGACGGAUCGCGCAGGGAUUAGGAAGAGUUUGAAGUCCCCUAUUAGCCAGCAGAAAUAGAGAGUUUAACCGACCAUGACAAAAACUUACACGUUAAGGACACAGAAUCUAAAUGAAGACAUUUUUUUUUGUCCUGCUGGGGGUUAAAUUUUGUUUCCAAAUUGGCUUUGCUGUGAAAAUGUGUUACCCACUCCGGCCCCUUCCUUAUUAACAGAUCACACUUUGCCUCACAUCAUUUAACACCCAUCGAUUUCCUCUUCGCUCACACGUCCGCCGCACAACCACAACCACGUUGGCUCUUUUUCUUUUCUUUCUUUUUUUUUUUUUUGCUUGGUUCAUUUUUAUUUCCUUGACAAACUCGAGACGAGAACUUACAUUCCCUUCAAGACAGCAGUGGAUGUAAUAGGCCCACACUUUGUGCUCCCUCCCUCCUUCAAUCUCUAGCUGUUCAUGAUCUGAGUCCUGUGGAUCUAUGCAGAUGAACCCCACCCCAAACCAACACACCACUUUCCAACACCACCAACAUGAACCCCCCCCCCCCCCCCCCCC